AUGCCUACCAAGAGGCUGAGCGAUAGCAUGCGUCGUCGAUGUGCGGCAGCAUGCGAGAGCUGCAAACGCCGAAAAGAGCGAUGCGACGGCAACUUGCCAUGUCGUCGAUGCGCCAUCCGACAGAUUGCCUCGGAAUGUCGCUAUUCAACUACAAAACGGCGGGUAUCCAUCUCCUCCCGCCAAAGUGCCAGCGUAGAUCCAAGGGACCCCCCGGAACCACUGACAGACAUGCUGCUGAACUAUCCGAUUACUGCCAAGGACCAGCCACUUCAACAGACCGCGAGCCAGCUUGGAGACUCCUUUUUGGACAUCGGCGCCACAUUCCAUGACACGUAUCGACUAGCAGAGAAUGACCAACAAGGCUCCAUCUAUUUUGGGGAUGCGUCCAAUGAAUCUUUUCUUCGGCAGAUCCGUCAGCUCGUUGCUCGGACCCUGGGGCCGUGCCCUUUUGUCGAGCAGCCGAUACAAUACCAUACCAAUCAUGAUCCCUCUUAUCCAGUUGCAGGGUCUGAUCCCCCACCAAUGCCCAGCGCUUCCCAUGCGAAACAACUGUGGCUUCAGCAAGACGACAACGCUGCAACCCUAUCCUCCGCAAUUUGCUACUUGAUCCUUGCAAACGGCGCACUUACGUGCCCGGGAGACGAAGAUGCAACCGCGGAAGCAUACUACUCAUAUGCAAAAUAUCUGAUAAAUUCGAAAUCAAGCCAAGGGCCAAAUCUCUCGCUGAUCCUGUGUCACAACUUGAUCGCUUUCUAUCAAAUAAACUCAGGAAGAAGAGACGCAUCUUAUCACUCCAUCGGGGUCGCAUGUCGACUUGCAUGCGCCAUGGGCAUCCAUAAAGUGAACAAACCGCACCUCAUGAGUCACGAUGCUCCUGCUUUCCGUGAACGUCUUUGGAAAGCAUUACGACUGUUUGAUACUUUUGCCAGUGGUUCUCUAGGUCGACCCAUCUGCACCUACGAGACUCGCAACACAAAGGCCGAGAAAGGCUAUUCUUCCGCCAUCGACAUGGCAGCUAUUAUAGAAGCCGUCUUGAGGGAGGUCUACGGGCCUUCCAAGGUUUCAAGGCACUUCAUCACAAACAUGACUCAGGAGCAUCGCUCAUGGGCAACUCGCAUGGCUUCCGGGCUAAAGGCUGAUGGGUUAGAGGGCGUGGAACUAGUUCAAGGGUCUGAAUAUGUACCCACCCUGGCAUCCUCCAACAUGAAGCAGUCAUACUACUGGUCGAUCAUGCUACUGACCCGGCCUGUUCUCCUUGAUCGAGCGGCCACACAUGCAAUGCGUGGAGGUGUCAGUGAUAACAGCUAUCGAGAUCAACAAGAGGCGCCACCACCAUCACAUGCCGACACAGCUCUUGUGUAUGCUUCAGUUGACUCAGCUGUACGCAUCGUACACUUGCUUGAGACUAUCCUUACAAGAGAGGAUUUACCCAAACGGUUACCAUUUCCGGUCCACUCUGCCUUUACUGCUGCUCUGACCCUAGGUGUCGCUACCUUUGCAGAUUUGGACCACGUUUUCCCGCUGCGAUCGAGUUUAGUCAUUGUAGGCCAGUUGCUACGAAGGUUUGAAAAGCAUGAUAGUAUUGCCAGGUACUACUGUCAGGUUGUGCAGCAGCUCCAAUCUGCAUGUGAAGAGUAUGUGGAGCAGCGGAAUAACCGUAUCGUUGAGAAGCAGAGCCAUUUGGUCGGUGAGCUAUUUGGACGUCUUCAGGAGAAGGAACCUUUGCCAAAAUACAAGAGUGGGAGGAUGGACGGUGGAUGGACUGAUGAAUCAGUUACCGCCCAGGGGCUGCAAAGCCCUUUAGCUUCUCUAUCAGCCACCUGUUUGACGGAGGAUUCGGCCCUAGACUGUGACCCUGCUAGUGUUGGUGGAAGUUUUCCCGACCUGUCUUUGGACCUAUUUCAAGAGUCCUCGUUGGUCGACAUAUCCCAUAUCGAAGAUACUUCAGAUAUAGGUAGUCUAACUUUCUCUAGCCUGAGCUGGUUCUAA